CUUGCCAAGGUAUUGCCGACCAAGAGAAAAUAAACGAAGAAGAAGAAAUGACUGGAGGAACCAAGCGAGACUACGACGGCAAUGCGCGCGCUAAGAGUGCGCAAGACUUGCCGCGGGGCAGGUUCCAUGCCAUGUUUGAGGAUUUCCGGGACGAACUGGAUGAGCAUUACGACCGCAGGGAGCGCAUCAUCAAGGCGUCGAGAGAUGUGACGGCGCAGAGCAAGAAGAUUAUUUUCACAUUGCAAAGAGUCAAACAACCGAACAAGGACUUUCCAAAGGGAAUACAGCAAGACAUUGACACUCGUCUCGGCGAAAUCUCAAAGCUGCUCUCAGGCAUCACCGCAGACUUGCAGUCCAUCAACCGUUACCGCUACGGCUUUUCUAUGCGAUGUUUGGAGGAGCUUGUCGAGGCACUCUCCUUUUCCCACUACCUAAGGCACCAGACCCUCAUCACCCUAGAAGAAACACAAGCAGCAGUCCCCGCAGACAUUGUUCUGACGUCACACGACUACAUGUACGGCCUAUUCGAUCUGUUUGGAGAGAUGAUGCGGUUUGCAACGGUCACAACCGCGCAGACGGGCGAGCUGGUUGGCGACUAUGAGAGAAACAUCCUGGGCGAUAUACAGGAGCUUGGCUGUGCAUUUGAGAUGCUGCCCCAGGUGCCGACAAAGGAUUUUCGCUCCAAGAUGGAGGUCAUGCGGCAGAGCAUCAACAAGGUCGAGAAACUGGGCUAUGGCCUUGUGGUGAGGGGCAGUGAGAGGCCGAAGGGGUGGGUACCCGACAUGAAAGACGAUGACCAUCGGCCUGUCUCUCCUGUGUGAGAAGGCUUGAGCACUAUUUGCUGUUUCUGGAGAUUGCCUGUGGGUCUCGACUCUGCAUUGCUAAUAUGUUGUGGCAAUAACCUUGCCCUCUAUUUAUGAGAAAGUUUUUGUCAGAUAUUCUGCGCUUUUCCACUCUUUAUGAGUAACUUUUGUCAAGUAUUAUUUACUUUUUAGUUUUUACAUGGGAACCAUUGUUGACAGACUGCUUGAAAGGCGCAGAUUUGUCGGAGCAAGUGCUGGGUAGCUGACUGAAAGUGACAAACAAACAAUAAUAAAAACAAAUCAAACGCCAUUUAAUCGCAAUACAGUCC